CUCUACCAGCAACUUCUUUUGCCUACAAAAUAAUCAAUUGCCUUGGAAUCCGCUUAUACGAGCAUAAAAAAUUGUUCUCCAGCAUUACAUUAACCGGAAAUGAAAAACGAACAAGUUCCGCUGUCUCCUAAUUCCAAGGCGGCUUUAUUGGAGCAGCAACAACAGUUGAUGUGGCUUGCUUUUCAGAAUAUGCAAAAACAAGGAGGUGUUUCCUCACCAUUCGCUUUCAAUGAUGCCCUUAUGUCUAUGUACUCUAAUACUGCUUCUCCUGCAACGCAAUCACCCGUUUACAGCGCCGUUACUCCAACUCUGAGUGCUCCUUUCCAAUCUGUACCAAGUGUUUCAAGCAGUGCUACGAAAGUACCUCAUCGAGAUUUAGAUGUUGGCAGCUCUCCAAGAGUCAAGCAAUGCCUGCCCAAACAGGAAAAACACGUCGAAAAGCAUAGUUCCAGUGAACCUAUUGCACAACCAGCCGAUUUUACAGAAGAAGAGUCCCAAAACAUUGCUCGACUUUCAGCAGAAAUUGAACAACUUGAGACAGAGAAGAAGUAUUUACUGGCAGAGACUGAUGAAAAAAUUAAAACCUACCAACGUGAAAUGAAAUCUCUUCAGCUUGAACAAAUGGAAAUACAGCAGGAGAAACGUACUGCUGAAACAGAGAUAUCAAAAUUGGAGAAGGAAGUUCAAUGGUUUGAAGGGAAAAUAAAUGCGCAGAAAGAUCAGCACUCACAAUGCAAAAAGGAGCAGGAAUACAUUGAAACGGCCAUGUCCUAUACUAACAAGCUAUCUUUACUGUCCUCAAGUAUUCCAGCAAAUUCUCCUCAUGCGAAGAAAAGUCAUGAUUGGUAUCAAAACAAAGUUGAGGAAUACGAACAGAUGACAAAAGUUGAAGCCCAAGCACAAUUACCGUUGUUUCAACUGGUCACUGCUAUUUUGAAUCCAUUUAAAGAUUCAAAUGAUCUGGUGAAGUGUCUGUAUCCUACAUACAUUCUAAAUCAUUCAAAAGCUGAAUUCACUGAACCCAUCACACUCAAUCCCCGUGAACUUGAAUGUAUCGCGUUUCACGUCAAGGCACAAAGUCAAAUGCUACAAGCUCAGCAGGAAGAGAUCGUACGGUUAACUGAAUUCAUGGCUUCUAUGCAAAACAAGCAACCCGAAGUCCACGAAAAGGCAGUAGUUCUCCGCAAGAACAUGUCAGAAUAUCUGCAAUUUCUUCAAGACUCAACUGACAAGCUGAAGGUGACACACUCCUCUUUAAGCACGAUAAUCGACAAUAAAGAACAAAUGAUUCAAAAACUGUCGAAAGAUGCUGAGCGUGAAUCAGCACUACUUUCGCGAAAGGCCGAUAUCAAACCGGAUCGAUACAGGAAUGUAUUGAGAGAUUCGCACAGCAAUCACAACCGGAGUUUCAGUCCUGUUCAAUCGCACGCAAAGCCUUCCGCUGACCGGGGAAAACGUUCAAGUAGCGUUGGGCUAUCGGACAAGUCUUACUCUGAAGUGGCUGUCCUUCGAUACCUUACACAGGUUGAAUCCUUUGCCAAAGAUGAGCGUGUAUUUGGCGUGCUACAAUCUCGCUACUUGAAAUUAACAAAUCGUCCCCUGUGUUCAUGGGACUAUACGACACCAAUUUCUGGUAAGCCUGUCGAAACUAAAGCUACAAUGGCAUCGCAUCCACGCAAUGUAGAGUUUGUUUUUCUUCACGUCACACUUCGUGACACAAACAACAUUUUGUGGCUCACAGAACUCUGGUGCGACGGAAUUGUUCGCGGAUUCGGUCACGCUGUAAAAAAAAAUGAUGCCGCUCAAAAAGCAGCUGAAAUGGCUGCUGAGUAUUACAAAGGCACGAAUUGGACGCAUCUUUUAAACAUGGGUAUGUCAAGAUCCGCUGUUUUGCCAGACCUUUUCUUUGGGCGUGUACCUUUUCAAUCAAACUUCCCCUCGAACGGCAUCACGAGAAAGUGAAUCUGAAACAAAUUAACAGUCAAAUGAAUGUAUACUUAAAGAAUGUGGCUUAUGUUAAUCUACUUACAAUAUGCUGCAUCCUUAAACUGCUUUUUCUGUUCACACAUCUUUGAUAUUAACAAUGGAGCUUAAAACUUUUCUAAAUUCUAUAUUAAAUGAAGUAACAGUUUAUAAUAUAUAUGGGCAUGUUGUUAUCAAACGAAUUAUGAAGUGUUUUCUGCAUUAAGACAGUGAUAAAUAUAUGAACGUUUAGCAAGUGCCACUUCCAAGUUUAUGAAUAAAAUGGUAGCGGUAUUGCUUUUGAAUAACAAAUACGACACAAGAAACAAACAACAUUAUAAGGUUUUGAUUAAUUUGACUUGCUGAAUGCUGGCAGCACACUGUUCACCUUCAACAGCAUUUCAUCGAAUUCACCGUCAGGUGUACUUAGAACUGUGAUGGCGCCUCCUGCACCAAUAUGCCAAAUGUUUUCAUUGUGAUAGCGGAAGGUAGAACGAAUAAUAACACUGAACUCACCUUUCUCAAGUGACGCAUCCCAAUACCCAAAUAUUCCCGAAUAUACACCUCGCGGAAGUGAUUCAAGUUCCUCUAACAACUGUAUGCUGCGAAGUUUUGGCGCACCUGUCAUUGAACCUGGAGGGAAGCUGUGUGCC